AUGCAAAGUCCAGGAGAUAAUGCUGUUACAUAUAAGCUUGUUGUUGUUGGAGAAGGAGGUGUUGGAAAGUCCGCGUUAACAAUUCAGUUUUUUCAAAAAAUGUUUGUCGAAGAUUAUGAUCCGACCAUCGAAGAUUCGUAUAUUCAACAUGUGGAAGUUGAUCGUCAAGUGUGUGUUCUUGAUGUAUUAGAUACUGCCGGUCAAGAAGAAUUUUCUGCUCUUCGCGAACAAUAUAUGCGUAAAGGCGAUGGUUUCCUUCUCGUUUAUUCUGUUAUCGAUGCAAAUAGUUGUAAAAAUAUAAGAAGUUUUUAUAAUCAGAUUUUAAGAGUCAAAGAUCGGAAAAGUUAUCCAAUGAUCCUUGUUGCAAAUAAAGUGGAUCUUGUGCAUUUAAGAAAAGUAUCCGAAGAAGAAGGAAGAGAAUUAGCAGCCGAAUUAAAUAUUGCAUAUAUAGAAACAAGUGCUAAAGAUCCUCCAAUGAAUGUUGAUUCUGCAUUUCAAGAACUCGUUCGUAUUAUUCGCCUAGGUAUUUUAAACUUAAAAAGUUUAGAUCUGCGUUCAAAACACAUGGCCUUUUUAUUGAAUAUAUUGUGCUUUACCUUAUUGGUUGUGUGUUUAAUCAAACCAUAUGUUCAUGGAACACGAUCAUUUUAUAUUGAUUUUGAUAAUAACACGUUUGUCAAAGAUGGAAAACCUUUUCAAUAUAUUAGCGGCUCAAUACAUAUGUAUCGAAUGCCGAGAGAAUAUUGGGCAGAUCGUCUAUUACGAAUGUGGACCUCCGGAUUGAAUACCAUACAAACGUACAUCUUCUGGGAUCAACAUGAACCAUUGCCUGGUGUCUAUAAUUUCGAUGACAGGAAUGACAUUGUGACAUUUUUACAAUUAGCGCAAAAAAUUGGCUUUCUUGUUAUAUUACGGGUUGGUCCCUAUGGUUGUGGAGAACAUGAAUUUGGUGGUUUUCCUUGGUGGUUGUUAAAAGAUCCUGACUUAAAAGUUCGACAGAUGCAUCCAGGCUAUUUGAAAGCUGUAACUCGCUGGUUGAGUGUUUUAUUGACAAAAGUUGAACCAUUGUUAUACAGAAACGGUGGAAAUAUUAUUUCUGUUCAAGUUGAAAAUGAAUAUGGUAGUUAUCCGGCAUGUGAUAAUAAUUAUUUACAAUAUUUGCGUGAUAUAUUUCGACAAUAUCUUGGUGAUGAUGUUGUUUUAUUCACUGUUGAUGGUGCUGGUCUGGAUUAUUUGAAAUGCGGAACAGUGGCGGGCGUAUAUCCAACUGUUGAUUUUGGCGUUGGAUAUAAUGUGACUGAAGUAUUUGGUUAUCAACGUCAAUAUGCUCCUAAUGGACCUCUGGUGAAUACUGAAUUUUAUCCAGGAUGGUUGGAUUAUUGGGGUAAACCUCAUUCACGAACUGCAACUGAACGAAUUAUUAAAACGCUGAACGAUAUGCUGGAGAUUGGUGCAAAUGUUAACUUUUAUAUGUUUUAUGGUGGAACGAAUUUUGGCUUCAGUUCAGGAGCUGAUCCUCCCUAUUUACCUGAACCAACGAGUUAUGAUUAUGAUUCACCAAUUUCUGAAGCAGGUGACAUUACAAGAAAAUAUAUGUCGAUUCGAGAAGUUAUUUCCAAGAAUCAAGCGUUUGUUGUAUAUUCAACAACAUUAGAUGAUCCAGAAGUACAUUUGAAAACACUUGAUUUGAAUGGUAUACGCGAUCGUGGUUAUGUACUUCUUGGCGAGAAAUCAAUUGGCACUGUUUAUCGCGCUGGAAACACAACAAUUCAUAUUAAUGCUCCUGGUAAUAAAGAAAAGCAUUUAAAUAUUAUUGUGGAAAAUAUGGGACGGAUUAAUUUUGGCGGAAACAUGAUAGAUACAAAGGGUUUCGUGAGUAAUAUUACACUAGAUGGUCAAAUGCUAAUGAAUUGGACAAUGUGCAUCUCUGGAACUUUGUUUGAUAAUUCACCGUAUAAACAAAUUAAACUACCGUUAAAGACGCAAACAUCUUCGAAUGAUUUUGAUCCGCAUGCCCCAAAUAUUUUCACUGCAACAUUAAACGUGAAAGAUAUUAGUCCGUACGAUACAUUUCUGUUACCACAAAACUGGACCAAGGGAGUCGCUUAUGUUAACGAUCAUAACCUUGGACGAUACUGGACGAUAGGUCCUCAAAUGACUCUCUAUACACCCGGUCCAUGGCUUCAAACAGGACAAAACAAUUUAACCAUAAUUGAAUUGGAUGCAGCUCCGUGCGAAACGCCUACCAAUUGCGUUAUUAAUUUUAUUGAUUAUCCAAUAAUUGAUAAGCCAAUACGUUCUGGAUAA